GUUGUUCCAACUUCCCCACUUCAGUUGACUUCAAAAUAUCACCUGACUGCUACUUUUGUCAUGUGCUGCAACAACACCAGUUACGUAACUGAGACUUCGAAAAUCUGUUACGCCUAAGUUCACUCCAGGUAUUUUGGAGGUAUAAGUUUUUUUGGCCAACUGACUAAGUGCGCCGCGACUGCGCUUCGAAUCGGGUGCCAAACGAUGUGCGGAAAUUACAUUUAUCGUCUCCUUUCGUGGUACAGGAUCCGAGCUGGCAAGGAUAAGAAAGAAGAAUCAACUUUAUCUGAUAAGGCUCCUGAGAAAGCAGGCGCAGAAGAGAAUGGAGAAGCUAAAAAAGCUGACACUGAAAGUGCAGGAUCGGGAGAUACUCCAACUGAUAUAGUUCAGGACAGUCCAGGCAAAGAAUCCCCAACAGUUGCUGUGAUAUCAGAAGUCCAGUCUCCUACUCAGACUUUGCCUGCAAGUGAAGAACAGAAAAGUCAAACAGUUCAAUCUCCAACUGCAGUCAUUGAAGCUAAAAUUGAAACAACAGGUGAAGCUGCCACGAAAGAUUCUUCUGAAACACCAGUUGCAUCACUUGUACAAGAGGUGAAAGCUGAAGUUCUUACUAAAGAAACAGUAUCUGCAGAAGACUUACCAAAAUCAGAACUCCGUGAGAAGGAAGCUAAACCUGAGCCUGUUGUAGAGGAAAAAGUUGAAUCUCCUGUUGAGGAAAUAAAAGUUCAGUCACCGGUUGCUGAGGAAGCGAAAGUUCAGUCACCAGUUGCUGAGGAAGCGAAAGUUCAGUCACCAGUUGCUGAGGAAGCGAAAGUUCAGUCACCAGUUGCUGAGGAAGCGAAAGUUCAGUCACCAGUUGCUGAGGAAGCAAAAGUUCAGUCACCGAUUGCUGAAGAAGCAAAAGUUCAGUCGCCAGUUGCUGAGGAAGUGAAAGUUCAGUCACCAGUUGCUGAGGAAGCAAAAGUUCAGUCACCAGUUGCUGAGGAAGCAAAAGUUCAGUCACCAGUUGCUGAGGAAGCAAAAGUUCAGUCACCAGUUGCUGAGGAAGCGAAAGUUCAGUCACCAAUUGCUGAGGAAGCAAAAGUUCAGUCACCAGUUGCUGAGGAUACAAAGGUUGACGAGGAAAAGGCUAAAGUUGAAAUCCCUGUCGAAGAGAAAAAGGUUGAAAUACCUCUUGAAGAAUCAAAGCCUGAAUCUCCUGUAGAAGAAAAACCAGAACCUCUUCCCGUUGAAGAAGUAAAACCAGAACCACCUACUGUUGAAGAAAAGCCUGAGCCUUCUGCUGAUGCAGCAUCUCCAGUUGUCGAAAAGGCUUCAGAAGCUAAAAGUGAACCAUCCAUUGCACAAUCUGCUGAUAUAGUGUCACCUGCUGUAGCUGUUCCUAGUUCUGAAAGUUCAGAAAGUAUUAAACAGGAAAAUUCUGUUCCUGAACCUCCUUCAGCUGAAGAACCUAAAGCAGCAGAUAUUCCAGUUGAAGAAAAGAAAGAAGCAGAACCUGUAUCUCUAGAUCAAAGCAAACAAGAUAUUCCUGAAGAAGUAAAAUCCGUUCCAGGGGAUGAAGUGAAGUCAGAAUCCCCUGUUGAACAAAAGCAUGAGAUCCGUACCGAAGAAUCAAAACCAUCUCCAGUCGAGGGAAAAACACAAAAUGAAGUAACAGAGAAUCAAGCAAAUGCGACCAAUGGAGUUAAAGAAAAUGGGGAACAGCAAGAGGAGACAAAUGUAACAACAAAUGGUCCUGUUGAAAUUCCCACUUUAAUUUUUUGGAAAAAUGGAGGAAGUCAAGUUUCGGUGUCUGGAGAUUUUAACAAAUGGGAAGAUAAUUGUGUACUUAAUGAACAGGAUGGUGUAUUUUCUACUAAAUUAAAGCUUUCAAAAGGUGUACACCAUUUAAAAUAUCUUGUGGAUGGCAACUGGACUGUUGAUGAGAGUCAGCCCAUUGUGAAUCUGGACGAUCAUGGCCAAGUGAACGUGCUCACGGUACAAGCCGAUUAGACAAGAAUGCCAUAUGUGUACAUUUGGAGAAUCUGCCACUUUAUGAAGAAAUUUUAUGAAAAUAGUUUCAUUAUUCCAUGCUUGGAAGUCUUAAAAUUUUAAGAAUGCUUUGAAAAAGUGGGGAUAUAUACCUGAUCUAAAUCAUUAUCAAGAUAACAUAGAACUUUGACUGAUAACAUUGAGUGGGUUGCGAUAAAGCUGUGACUAUAUCAAAUUUGAGUUCGCCCCCAUAUCUCUUUAUCGCAUCCUUACAGCAGUUUGUGGCACAAAGAAUGUUGUUUCUUCUUUGAUAAAGAAUGGGAUAUAAAAUGUUUUUCCUUAAACAAAAACCAAAAAAAAAUUUUUUACUGUAGCAAUGUCUAGUAUAGGAUGUGUAUGUGCUAGUUUAUUGACUUUAUCUCAGCAAAAUCGUAACAAGAUACAGUGCUUCAACCUUACAUGUCUGGAUUUAUCGAAGGCUCUUACUUAAAUGAACAAAUGUCUAAUCGUACAUAUGGGUUUAAGAGAAGGAAUAAAAUGUUAGCAACACAUUUAUCUUGAAGGUAUCUUUGAUAGGCAGCCAAAAAGGAUAUAAAGCUGGAAUAAAUAUCAACCUGCUAUAUUCUUUUUGUUUCUAUUAAAAGUUUGCUUAUAUUUGAAAUGGUUAUUUAGUUUAAUAAUUAUUUGUUCACUUUGCCUGUGUAAUGUUACAUAUUUUUCUGUAUUAAAUUGAGAUUUAUGAGAGAAAGAAAUGUAUAAGAAAAUUGAGAAAUUUAUGGUUGCUUUAAAUCUUUUUUGAGAAACUGCAUAAAAUAUUCAUUUAUGUUUUCCUGACUAGGCUGUAAAAAGUAUUUAUCGAAGGUAUUUUUGAUUUUUGUUAAUAUUUUUAUAUCGAUGUUUUCCCCUUUGAAUGUGCAUUAAUAAAUGAAUCCUUGAUAGUAUUUAACUGCUGAAUCCAUGAUUGUAUUUAACUGCUGAAUCCUUGACAGUGUAUAACUGGUGAAUUCUUGAUAGUAUUUAACUGACACAUCUUUGGAAUUUCCGAAUUUUCAAAAGAAAUUUCAGGGUUUACCUGUUACAAAGGAGGAAAAAGUACAAUAUAUACAUUGCAUUUAAUUUAUUAAAAGUAUUUUUCUGAGCCCACUUUUACAGUUUUAAAAUAUAUUUGCUUAAUUUCAGUUUUAACUGCUUGAAUUUGAUAGAAUGUUAAUGAAACUUUUAGCAUAAUUUCUGGAUUUGAAUAAAUAUUCUCAUUUUUAUAUUCUCUUCAUAUCAUACGAGUAGUAUUACUCCAAUUUUUAAGGCUACAUUAAAAAAGCUGUGAAAUAAUCAUAGCAUGUCUUUGCUCAUCUAAAUUUUAUCUGAAUUUGUAGUUCUUUCUACAUAUUUGUAAGUGAACAAUUUUUUAACAUUUUACGAACAUGCCAAAUCUUUAUACAGAGAUUUUACACUUUUAAAAAUAGUUGUUAUCAUCAAAAUUUAAUCAACUUGAAAUUAUGUGUAAGGUGUUUGUUUUCUGUGUUUGAAUUUUUGUUUUUGUACGUGAAAUUUUGAGUCAGAUGUUUGCAAAUAUGUAGUGCCUUCAUGUAAAAUUUCUUUAACUUUAGAUUCCAUGUGUUUAUACAACUUUUAUAUCAGUUUUUGGUGCUGCUUUUGAUAAUAAGACAAACAGGAACUCCAUGAAAAGGAACAUUAAUAAUCUUGAUUAAAAAAGAAUUUAAGUUCUAGUCAGCCAAAAAUAUUUAACAUAAUACAUGGGAUUUUCUCUAGAACAUGAUUUUUAAAAACCUAAUUUAGCUGAAACCUUUUGAGUUAUAAAAUAUGAAGUGUUUAUGUUGUGUCAUAUGUUAAUAUUUUGUACUGCAAACUGCUUUUUCAAAUAAAUUUUUUCAAAGGACCA